UGGUAGUCGUUAAAACAGCUUGCAGCAUAUUUCAGUUGAAUUUGGUUGAUGAGUUCGUAGUUCGGUAUUUGCUAUUUUGCUAUCAAACUAUCUUCGGGAGUCUUUGUUGCAGGCAGACGUAUUGUACGAAAACGAAAAUGAAUAUCACAUCAGCAGCUGGUAUCAUUUCCCUCCUUGAGGAGCCUAUGCCUGAAUUAAAGGUGUUUGCAUUGAAGAAGUUGGAUAUGAUAGUAGAUGAAUUUUGGCCUGAAAUUUCUGAGGCCAUAGAAAAAAUUGAGAUUCUUCAUGAAGAUAAGGCAUUUCCACAACAUGACUUAGCUGCAUUAGUUGCUAGUAAAGUCUACUAUCACUUAGGAAGUUUUGAAGAUUCUUUGACUUAUGCUCUUGGAGCUGGAGAGCUCUUUGAUGUUAAUGCUCGCAAUGAAUACGUUGAUACUACUAUAGCUAAAUGUAUUGACUAUUAUACUCAACAACGUGUGUUGGAAGCUGAGGGAAAAUUACCACCAAACAGCAAAGGAAUCGAUCCAAGAUUGGAAGGAAUUGUAAACAGAAUGUUUCAACGAUGUUUAGACGAUAAUCAAUAUCGGCAAGCAUUGGGUCUUGCUCUUGAAACAAGAAGGAUGGAUAUCUUUGAAACAGCAAUUAUGCAAUCAGAUGAUGUUAGUGGUAUGUUAUCCUACGCCUUCCAAGUUGUCAUGAGUCUUAUUCAGAAUCGUGGAUUUCGUAAUACUGUGCUUCGUUGCCUAGUGAGCCUUUAUCGUAACUUGGGAACACCAGACUAUGUCAACAUGUGUCAGUGUUUGAUAUUUCUGGACGACCCAUUAGCUGUAGCUGAACUUUUAGACAGACUCAGUAAAGGCUCACAAGAUUGUGUUCUUAUGGCCUACCAAAUUGCAUUUGACUUAUACGAAUCAGCAACUCAACAGUUCCUUGGUCGUGUCUUACAAGCUUUGAGAGCAACAGCUCCUAUCCCAGGAGCCCUUAUGGUUAAACCAAUUGUAAAACCAGCUGUAAAAGCAACCACUGAAGUUAGCACUGAGCCUGCAGCAGCAACAACAGCAGAGACUGAAAACAGCAGUAAUACGCCAGCUCCAGAAGAGAAAUCUCAACGUAGCGUUGAAAGUUUGAACGCCGAAGAACGUGAACAACAAGAACGCGUAGAUGCUUUGUCAAGUAUAUUGGGCGGAGAAAUUUCCAUCGAUUUGCAUCUCCAAUUUCUUAUUCGUAGUAAUCAUACCGAUAUGCUGAUAUUGAAAAAUACUAAAGAUACUAUACGUGUAUCUAUUUGUCAUACUGCCACCGUAAUCGCGAAUGCAUACAUGCAUUCUGGAACUACUAGCGACCAAUUUUUAAGAGAUAAUCUAGAAUGGUUGGCUAGAGCUACGAAUUGGGCAAAAUUAACAGCUACGGCAUCCUUAGGAGUAAUUCACAGAGGUCAUGAACAAGAAGCCUUAGCUCUAAUGCAAUCUUAUCUCCCACGAGAUACUGGUGCGGGAGCUGGUUAUUCCGAAGGAGGUGGCCUGUAUGCGUUAGGGCUCAUUCAUGCAAACCACGGCGCAGCAAUUACAGAUUACUUACUUGGCCAGCUGAAGGACGCACAGAAUGAGAUGGUUCGUCAUGGAGGCUGUUUAGGCUUGGGUCUGGCCGCUAUGGGAUCGCAUAGGCAAGAUGUAUAUGAACAAUUGAAAUUCAAUCUUUAUCAAGACGAUGCUGUUACUGGCGAGGCUGCGGGAAUUGCUAUGGGCAUGGUCAUGCUUGGAUCGAAAUCGACGCAAGCAAUUGAAGAUAUGGUUGCGUAUGCCCAAGAAACGCAGCACGAGAAGAUCCUUCGAGGAUUAGCCGUGGGUAUCGCAUUUACCAUGUACGGUCGUUUAGAGGAAGCUGAUCCUUUGGUUGCUUCCCUUUGCGCCGAUAAGGACCCGAUUCUUCGAAGAAGUGGCAUGUACACGCUAGCGAUGGCUUAUUGUGGAACCGGAAACAACCAGGCUAUCCGGAAGCUGCUGCACGUUGCUGUCUCCGACGUGAACGACGAUGUUCGGCGUGCUGCGGUCACAGGUCUGGGAUUCCUGCUGUUCAGAACACCGGAGCAAUGUCCCAGUGUGGUUUCGUUGCUGGCGGAAAGUUACAAUCCUCACGUGAGAUACGGCGCAGCGAUGGCCUUGGGAAUAGCGUGCGCUGGCACAGGCUUGAAGGAGGCCAUAGCUCUGUUGGAUCCUAUGACGAAUGAUUCGGUGAACUUCGUUCGUCAGGGUGCUCUGAUCGCGUCUGCGAUGAUCUUGAUCCAGCAAACCGAGGCGACGUGUGCCCGCGUCAAAGAUUUCAGGGCGUUGUACGCCAAGGUCGUCGUGGACAAACACGAGGACGUAAUGGCGAAGUUCGGCGCUAUCUUGGCACAGGGUAUCAUCGACGCUGGUGGCCGAAACGUGACGGUAUCGCUGCAAUCAAGAACAGGUCACACGAACAUGCUGGCAGUGGUCGGUGCAUUAGUAUUCACCCAGUAUUGGUAUUGGUUCCCAUUGGCCCAUUGCUUGGCUCUGGCCUUUACUCCGACUUGUAUAAUCGCUCUGAAUGCUCAACUAAAGAUGCCAAAGCUGGAAAUUCGUUCGAAUGCCAGGCCAAGCGUCUAUGCCUAUCCCGCGCCUCUCGAAGAGAAGAAACGCGAGGAAAGAGAGAAGAUCACGACCGCUGUCCUCAGCAUCGCUGCCAGAGCUCGUAGGCGCGAAUCCGAGAGGCGUGCUCGCGAUUCUCACGAAAAAAUGGAAGUGGAUCCGCCAGAAACAGCGAAGGAGACUGUCGAGGCGGCGGCCAAGGAGAAAGAAGAGAAGAAGAAAGAGAAGGAGCCAGCGAAGGAAGUGAAGGAAACGAAGGAAAAGGUCGAGAAGAAGGGCAAGGACGAGGGCGAGAAGACGACAGAGAAGGAGAAAAAGGAAGUUGAGCCCAACUUCGAGAUCCUUCAGAACCCGGCUCGCGUGCUGAGACAGCAGCUGAAGGUGAUACAGUUGGUAGAGGGUAGUCAUUACGCGCCUGUUAAGGACAUUCAGAUCGGCGGUAUCGUCAUGGUGAAGCACAUUCAAUCGGAUACCGAAGAGGAACUCGUGGAACCAGUAGCCGCUUAUGGCCCUCAUCCGGAAGAAGAGCAAGAAGCGGAACCUCCAGAGCCAUUCGAAUAUACCGAAGAUUAAAUGACGUGUGGCAGAAAUUCUUCUUGUGGCUCCAUCGACUCAACACGGGUCAAUCGUUCACGCUACGCACUAUAGUUCACUGUUAAUAGAAGCAACACGGGAAAAAUACUAUGGCCGUUUCCUCUCCAUUUCAUGUAACGCCUACAGCGACACCUCCUAUCUCUUAUUUUUGUAUAGUUAAUUUUAUCAUCGUUAAACAGCGAAUCCUCGACGUCGUUUACCAUAUACAGUUUACAACUGCUGUUUCAUUCGAGUUUUAAUAAAUAUAUUAUUUGGUCUAACCGCA